ACAGAGUAAGUUCGUGGGAUACAAGUAGUAUUUCCCAUCUCUGGUUCCUGGCAGUGUCAGCAAAAACGCUUUUCCGUAGAAAAAUGGAAUUUCCUUUCGGGCUUCGCCACCCAUCCCACCAUCACCACGGCCGCGAAGACGAUCUCCCACCACCACCUCCACCGGAAGUCAGCUAUGUCCACCACACCUCUCAUGUAGGCGGUUCUGAACCAUACCCACCGCAUCUCGGAUAUCCGCCUCCGCCGGAAGUUGACUUUGUCCAGCACUCUGAACCAUAUAGCCGGCCUUAUCCGCCUCCGCCAGCCGUCCACCACAUUGGACACCAUGGCGGUACGUACCAUCCACCGCCACCGCCAGUUUUCCACCACCCUGAACCCUACGGCGGUACUUAUCCUCCACCGCCAGCAGUCCACCAUGUUUCUCACGAGAGCUACGGCCAUGAAUUUCAGUCCAAUUCCUCUGAUGUCCCUCACAAGGCACCGCAUCCGCACCACCGGGAAAUCUCCAACCGGCCUACUGUUCGUGUUUUCUGCAGGGCCGAAACAAAUCACUCGCUGUCCAUCCGUAACGGAAAGGUCAUUCUGGCCCGUACAGAUCUCUCUGAUCCAUACCAACACUGGAUCAAAGAUGAGAAAUUUAGCACCAAAGUUAAGGAUGAAGAAGGACUUCCCAGCUUUGCUCUGGUGAAUAAAGUUACAGGGGAAGCUAUCAAGCAUUCUAUUGGUUCCACCCAGCCAGUGCAGCUCACUGCUUACAAUCCUGAUCGUCUCGAUGAGUCCAUCUUGUGGUCGGAGAGCAAGAAGACGGGGGAUGGGUAUAGAGCUAUCAGAAUGGUUAACAACAUUUGCCUCAAUAUGGAUGCGUUCCAUGGGGACAAAGAUCAUGGGGGUGUCCAUGAUGGGACCACUGUUGUUCUAUGGGAAUGGACAAAAGGAAACAACCAACAAUGGAAAAUCAUGCCCUAUUAAUGUUAUUUGGGAUUACAUAUUACAAUUAUACAGCAUCAAUGGAAAGCCAUAUGUUAGGCUGUUUCCGACGUGUUGGUGUCACUUGUAUUAUGUUAUUGUUGUAUUUGGGUGUCAACUGUUGUCCUCGGCUUUUUGUGUAACCUUUAAUCCGUUGUGAUUAACUGAUUAAUGUUUGAGCGAGGCAUUAUAUGUAUGUAUGUAUGAGUAAUAAUAAAAAGAAUUGUGAGCACUCAAUUGCAAACUUUUAAAAGGAUGUAAUGGGAUAUUGAU